UGGAGCGCACCGUGGUGAAGUGGGUGUGGCCUGACCAGGAGCAUCAGAAGUCCAAUCCGAUUGAGUGAGCGCUGUCCCUCCCUCCCCAUGAUUGGUUAGCUCUCAGUGUUGUGGGGCGGGAAAAGGAAGAGACAGGGGCCGUGGAGAGGUGGGGUGGCGAGGAAAGAGAACCAGUCUGGUUCUGCGCAAGCGCAAGUGAGCGACCAGGAGGGGGCGUGAGAGAGUGAAGAGGAGUGUGGAAGCCCUGAUGCGCCGGCCAGCGCGAGCUGGGUCGCCAGCCUUGACGCCUGCGCCUUGGCCCUCGGGGCCCGCGCGCGGCGGGCGGGUGCCCGGUGCGCCUGCGCAGUAGGCGGCGGCGGCAGGGGGAGGUGGAGGCCGUGGAGCGGCAGCGGCAGCAGCGGGUCCCGGGACUGAGGCAGCAGCGGGGGCAGCGGCGGGCGGAAGCUGAGGUGACGAAGGCAGCGGCGGCGGCGGCGGCCGUUUCCCUCACGGUGGCGGAGACCAAGGCGGCGGCGGCGGACGGGGAGCGGCCCGGCCCCGGCCCCCUGCUCGUUGGCUGUGGCAGGGCCGCCGUGGGGCCGGCCCGGCUCCCGCCCCCCGCGGCUCCCCCUCCGGCUCCUCCUCCGGGGAGACGCCGGGGACCUGGCCCGGCCCGUACUCAGAGCGCUGCUGCAGCCGCCGCCGGGGGAGUCGGAGGCGGUGGCGGCGCCAUGGGCGGCCUGGCCUCUGGGGGGGAUGUGGAGCCGGGACUGCCGGUCGAGGUGCGCGGCUCCAACGGGGCCUUCUACAAGGGCUUUGUGAAGGAUGUCCAUGAAGACUCUGUCACCAUCUUCUUUGAAAACAACUGGCAGAGUGAGAGACAAAUUCCUUUUGGGGAUGUCCGGCUACCACCUCCAGCUGACUAUAAUAAGGAGAUCACAGAAGGGGAUGAAGUGGAGGUUUAUUCUCGAGCCAAUGAGCAAGAACCUUGUGGCUGGUGGCUGGCCCGGGUGCGGAUGAUGAAGGGAGAUUUCUAUGUCAUUGAAUAUGCUGCCUGUGAUGCCACUUACAAUGAGAUUGUCACCCUGGAACGGCUUCGGCCAGUUAAUCCCAAUCCCCUUGCAACCAAAGGCAGCUUCUUCAAGGUUACCAUGGCUGUGCCUGAGGAUCUGAGAGAGGCCUGCUCCAAUGAAAACGUCCAUAAAGAGUUCAAGAAAGCAUUGGGAGCAAACUGCAUCUUUCUCAACAUCACAAAUAGUGAGCUCUUCAUUCUGUCAACCACAGAAGCCCCUGUGAAGCGAGCAUCCCUGCUGGGUGAUAUGCAUUUCCGAAGCCUGCGCACCAAACUGCUACUCAUGUCCCGCAAUGAAGAAGCUACCAAGCACCUCGAGACAAGUAAGCAGCUGGCGGCAGCUUUCCAAGAGGAGUUCACAGUGCGAGAGGACCUGAUGGGACUAGCAAUUGGGACUCAUGGUGCCAACAUCCAGCAGGCCCGAAAAGUACCUGGGGUGACUGCCAUCGAAUUGGGUGAAGAGACCUGCACUUUCCGCAUCUAUGGGGAGACUCCCGAGGCGUGCCGACAGGCCCGGAGCUACCUUGAGUUUUCUGAGGACUCCGUGCAAGUGCCCAGGAACCUGGUUGGCAAAGUGAUUGGAAAGAACGGGAAAGUGAUCCAGGAGAUUGUGGAUAAAUCUGGUGUGGUGAGGGUUCGAGUAGAAGGUGAUAAUGACAAGAAGAACCCCAGGGAGGAGGGAAUGGUUCCCUUCAUAUUUGUUGGCACCCGAGAGAAUAUCAGCAAUGCUCAGGCUCUGCUGGAAUAUCACCUCUCCUACCUGCAGGAGGUGGAGCAGCUUCGCUUGGAGAGGUUGCAAAUUGAUGAACAGCUUCGGCAGAUUGGGCUGGGCUUUCGCCCUCCUGGGAGUGGGCGGGGCAGCGGUGGCAGUGACAAGGCUGGAUACACCACUGAUGAGAGCUCCUCCUCCUCCCUCCACACCACACGAACCUAUGGGGGCAGCUAUGGGGGCCGGGGCCGGGGCCGGAGGACAGGCGGUCCUGCCUGUGGCCCCAUCUCAGACCUAUCCACGGCUUCUGAGACUGAGUCAGAGAAGAGGGAGGAGCCCAACCGAGCUGGGCCUGGUGACCGGGAUCCCCCGACCCGGGGGGAAGAAAGUCGGAGGCAGCCGAUUGGGGGCCGGGGUAGGGGACCCCCACCUGCCCCCCGGCCCACCUCAAGAUACAACUCUUCAUCAAUUAGCUCAGUGCUGAAGGACCCAGACAGUAAUCCCUACAGCCUACUGGACACAUCCGAACCAGAGCCCCCAGUUGAUUCAGAGCCUGGGGAACCCCCCCCAGCAAGUGCCAGGCGCCGCCGCUCCCGCCGCCGUCGCACUGAUGAAGAUAGGACUGUCAUGGAUGGAGGCCUGGAAUCUGACGGGCCCAGCAUGACAGAGAAUGGCCUGGAAGAUGAGUCAAGACCCCAGCGUCGUAAUCGGAGCCGCCGCCGCCGUAACCGUGGUAACCGGACUGAUGGUUCGAUCAGUGGAGACCGUCAGCCAGUGACUGUGGCUGACUAUAUCUCCCGAGCAAAGUCUCAGAGCCGCCAGCGGCCACCCCUGGAACGCACUAAACCUUCAGAGGAUUCUCUUUCAGGACAGAAGGGUGACUCUGUCAGCAAGCUUCCUAAGGGCCCCUCAGAGAAUGGGGAGCUCUCUGCCCCCCUGGAGUUGGGUAGUUUGGUGAAUGGGGUUUCGUAAACCCUCCAGCCCGCAUCCCUCCCUUCUCCAUCUCGCUUGCUGCCCAACACCAUGGCCCUCACAGGCCCAACUGACCUGCGCUGGAGCUGCUCUUAUCUAGGGGGGCGGGGGGUGGCACAGCAGCUUGGGUCCCCCCCAGCCUCCAGGAGCUAGUGGAGGGGUGUGUAACAGGGUCAUACCCCCCUCCCUCUUGUCCACCCUACCCCCAGGGUGAGGGGAGCCUCUCUCCUUCCCCAUCAGACUGGAUGUGCCUUUAUCCUCUAAUGCCCCAAUCUCUCUCUGAACACCCCCAUUCUCCGCCUGUUGGUGCGGGGUGCUCCUUGACCCACCCAGAUUGGACAGUUCAGGGGGGCUCCCCUGCUAUCCCUCCUCCCGUCCUGUACCCCCCAUUUCUGGGGCCUCAUCACUGUGGAAGACGGGGAUAGUAAGGGUAUAAGUGGGUGGGAGGCAUGGGGAAGGUUUUGGAGUAGAACCAGGGGUGUGUAUGAAGGGGGGUGACAAGGUCCCCCAGGGGAGGGAGGACCAACCUUUGGUGGAUGAGAAGGCGUAUUUAUUUUUCACUGUACAGUAUUUAAAAAGAGAAUAAAAAAAUCCAAAUGGU